GGGCGGGAUGUGCCUUCUGCUGGACCGUACCUUUCUGUGUGUCCCUGUUGUGGCAGAUGUUAGUGACAUUGAUCGCUUCCUCAGCGUGUUUCAUGAGCCACAUGCGGGUGUCAUCCGGGCCGCCCAGCAGCUGCUGUCAGAUGAGCAGGCCCCGCUGAGGCAGAAGCUGCUGGCCGAUGUCCUACACAAUGUUAGCCAGAACAUCGCGGCCGAGGCCCGUACCGAGGAUCCUCCAUGGUUUGAAGGUGUGGAGGCUCGGUUUAGGAGCAAGUCCAGCUACCUGAGAUACAGUUGCGAAAGCCGGAUCCGGAGUUACCUGCGGGAGGUGAACUCCUGCGUCUCCAUGGUGGGUGCGCAGGCCCAGGGUGAGUUCCUGAGCAUCCUGGGCUCUAUGUGUGAGAAGCUCCGGGCCGUGCAGUACAACAGCAGCUACUUCGACAGAGGGGCGGAGGCCAGUGGGCGCCUCUGCACGGCGGAAGGCUGGUUCUCCUGCCAGGGUCCUUUCGACAUGGACGCCUGCUCGUCGAAACACUCCAUCAACCCCUAUGGCAACAGGGAGAGCCGGAUCCUCUUCAGCACCUGGAACUUGGAUCACGUAAUAGAAAAGAAACGCACCAUCGUUCCCACGCUGGCGGAAGCAAUUAAGGAACAAGAUGGCAGAGAAAUUGACUGGGAGUAUUUUUACGACCUGCUUUUUACCUCAGAGAAUCUGAAACUGGUGCACAUUGCCUGCCACAAGAAAACCACCCACAGGCUCAGCUGUGACCCGAGCAGGAUAUAUAAGCCCCUGGCAGGGCAGAAGAGGAAGCGACCGGCUCGAAAAUGCCGGUGACGUCGGUGACACGUGUUGCACUCUGGCCCA